AUGUCCCUGGAACAGACCAAGGAGCAACAUAAUCAAGAAGGAACAGGUAAUUCAGAGAGAUCGACAAUAAAUCAUAACGAUCUUGAACCUCCAAACGACAAUUCAAAUAAAGAAAAUACUUUUAAUUUGGGUCUAGAAAGUAAUCAAGAUUAUUUAACUAAAAGUGAACAUAAUCAAGACAAAACAGAUAAUUCAGAGAGAUUGACCAUCAAUCAUAAUGACCUCAAACCUCUAAACGACAGUACAAAUAAAGAAAAUACUUUUAAUUUGGGUCUAAAAAGUAAUCAAGAUUAUUUAACUGAGAGUGAACAAACAGAUGAUUCAGUUAAAGAUCCGAACUAUGAGAGUAAUCCUAAGAAGAGGAAAAAAUAUUAUGUCCUAACUAAUUGUCGAUCAUCAUCAUCAUGCACUUCAAGUUCUUCGUCGUCCAGUUCCAAUUUAUACUCAUCAAGCUCGUCAUCCUUGUCAAGUGGGGAAAACAACCGUGAGGAACGUCCUUCUACUUGA